GGGCGUUUCUCCUGGGCCACAGUACUUCUGGCAUGCUGCGGGCCGGGAUGUGGCAGCGGGCAUUUCGAGGGGCUUCAGCGGGGGUCCUGGGUUGGUUGCGCUCCCGGCUGCCGCCCCUGUGCUGGAAUGGCUGCACCGGGCAGCGCAACGCUCGGGCCCUCGUACGCGGGCUACGGUACAGUAACAGGCCGGGGAGGACGGGUAGGCUGCUGGCAGCGCUCACAGGGGCCUUCUUAUGGGAUGAGGAGCGAGUCCGGGAAGAGGAGAUCGUAAGGCCAGCCGAGGACAUGAAGCGAAUGCGACUGGGAGUGGAGAGGUUCCAGGGGCAGACUUCCACCUACAAUGAAGACCAAGGAUGGGAACUGGUAAUCGACAAUAAGGAAUUCAAACUAUGGAGGCGCCCCAUUGAAGGAACUCACCUGUACCAGUACAGAGUGUUUGGGUGUUACAGAGACGUCACCCCUCGUCAGUUCUUUAACGUUCAGCUGGAUACAGAGUACCGCAAGAAAUGGGAUGCACUGGUCAUCAAACUGGAUAUCAUUGAGCGGGAUGCACUCUCGGGGUCUGAAAUUAUUCAUUGGGUCACUCACUUUCCAUACCCCAUGUAUUCGCGGGAUUACGUCUAUGUAAGGAAAUAUCACAUUGAUCAGGAAAACAACAUUAUGGUAUUAGUGUCACGAGCGGUGGAACAUCCUUCUGUUCCGGAAUCGCCAGAUUAUGUCCGAGUGCGCAAUUACCAGUCACAAAUGGUUAUUCAGCCUCACACAACAUUUGAUGAGAAUGGCUUUGAUUACCUGUUGACCUACAGCGACAACCCACAGACUGUAUUCCCACGCUACUGUGUGAACUGGAUGGUGUCCAGUGGAAUGCCGGAUUUUCUGGAGAAAUUACACAUGGCAACUGUGCAAGCUAAGAACAAGGAGAUUAAAGUGAGAGAUUACAUCUCCUUCCGCUCUCAGGAUUGUGGCAGCGAGAGCCGAGCCAGCCCGGAAAGGAAGAACGCAGCUGCCCAUCCUGCGCCGCACAUGGAAUAUGCAUAACACGGCCAAAGGAAUGCUCAUUUCAUUUCACUGUCAGGGCUGUGCGGACCUUGAACAGAUUAAGGCACUGGUUCAUACCUAUACCAACAGCCACUCUAACUGGAACAUUACUGAACCCCAUACAAGGCACUGGUUCACCAUUGGCUUUACACUGUGAACUUUAAUGACAGCUUGGGGCCCUGAAGAGUUAGUUGGCAGUACAGGUGGCAUUUUUUUUGUUGAGUACGAUCUCUGUGUCUAAAGGGUGGCAGUUGUCAGAAAUGAUGGUAAUUCACUCGUAUUAACGUACAUUGCUCGGAAUGAGAAAGGGUGCUCCUUGUUCAGUUCGUUUUUUUUCUUGUUUUGCUUGUCCCUUCCACCACUGGCAUUAACACGAGAUAGAGAAUGGUGCAUAUUGAGCAGGACUGUUCUGGCAGUUUAUGGAUUCUGGCAAAUGCCAGAGGGGCUGCUGUAAGAUGCCAUAGACAGUCACUAUUUAUUGGGCUGGUGGGGGGCUGUUUGGGCCUCUGUGUACUUGAAAUGCCAGGGCCUAUUUUUAAUCCCAGCGCAAAACUAGUAGUGACUACACUAUGGCUCCUAUCCCUGCCCACAUACAAACUCACUCAUCAUGACUUUGCUUCAAUGUACAUGACCAUAUCUUCCCGGAGGGCCCUGGGCAGUGCCUGAAGCAGUGUGUGCUGUAGGAUAGAUCUUAGAUUGGAUGUUUGACGGAAAGACUUUGCUCUUGAAUGUAAUAUAAGAAAAAUCUCUUUAUGGAUAUUGUUGCUGAGUGUGCACAAAGCAAAAGAUUGUACAAAGUCCCCAAAGAUAAGAAUCAUUGAUUGAAUCGGUUAUCUGCAAGCGUGACGGGUAAUGGUUAAGCCUGUAACCAAGUGUGCCAUCUGCCAAUUAGGUGAUCAGCUAAUAGCCAGCAGGAUUUUGGGCCAUCUGCAUAGCCAAACCCUAUGCUGUACAACAAUGGUGGAUAAUUGCCUAUUCACUGUAUACAAAGGGCUAAUGAACACUCAAGCCUCUCCUAGCUGUAUAACGAGGGUGCCUUUAGUGCGUACUUCACUUCCGACUCUUAGCUGUGAAUCAUUGUUCAGAAAUUGCUGUUUAUCACUUCGCUGCAAAGGCGCAAUACUUUGAGGAACAGAAAAGUAACAUGAAGAACAGUGUGUGUUGUACUAAAGGAGCCUUCAGACGGGAUGUGCUUUAAAAUCCCACCUACGCUAAAAGCAUGCCGCAGCGGUGUACAAGCCCACCACUUGCAAAUCCCUCACCUGUACAAAAAAAUGAAUCAUCAUAUUCAUGGAAUUUACAGAACAAUUGCUUAAAGGUGCAAAUUGCACCCCCUCCAAAAAAAGCAUUUUUGAGAGAAAAAUGAUAAAUCACAGCACUUAGAAAUGCUGCUUUUAGUUUUCUGUUUUUUUCCUCCCUCCUGUUUUGCAUUGUAAAAUACGCCUCUGAACAGGAGAGCCCAUUAUCGCCUUUAAUGACUCCGUAAUGGACCAACCUGUUUCCAAAUUCGAAUUCUUAACCUGAUCGUUGGAGCAGUUUCCCAAUUCUCUGUUAUGCCUGGUGGACUGAUAAGAGAACAAGGAUUUCUAAACCUGUGCCGUCCAUCCCUGGAUCUAUAGCUCCUAUUUAUCGGAUGGUCAGAAAAUGAAGGGGAUGGGGGGCACAGAUUGGAGACCCCUGGAUUAGUAGCACUGAAAUUCCAGGUGUAUUUGCUUUGUUUAUUGAGGAAGUAAAGGCUGGAAUAAAAUUAAAAUGACAAAAAUUGUACUUUUUACAUGAGCUGCGCAGGAGCCUCUCUGUAGGGAGCCCUCCCCAUGUGGUCUGAGCAAUGGAGCAGUGUCCCCAAGCCAUGCAUUGGUACACCCCAAUCCAGGAAUGCUGUGUGCUCUCAGUGAUAGUACUGGCAGGGACAUGGUACCACUGUGUGUGCCUUGGGGGGGGGGGAUCUAUAGCACCUGUCAACAGUACUGGGUUGAAGCAGGCUGCUCCAUCGGCCAACCUUCAGCCAUAAGGAAAAACAGAAAAGGGUAAAUUAGCAAACAUUUCAAUAACCAGCAAGCUGCAGAAUGUUAAGUACAUUAGAGCCAUUAAUUAAGGGCACAGGUAAUGAUUUGAUUCACUUCACGAUCCUUGGAUUUAUUUCGGGUUUGAAAUUUGACACUUUAAUCAGAUUAAGGGGGAGGGGGGUGCAAAUGCCAUCAUUUUUGGUUUGGCAAAAUUUAAUUAUUGAUUAAGGGAGGGGGCAUAUUCCAUUUCAUUAUCACCAGUUUUCUGACAGAGUGGAACACAUCUGGCCUUAUUGAGAGACAAAAGGUGUGCAAAUAGUAGGAAAUAAGAAGUUCUUGGGUAGCUAGCUAAAAACAGGAUUUGAAUGCAAAAGUGCUGUGGAGAGCAGCUUCUGCUUAUUGAUCUCUAUUCCAGCCUUUAGUUCCCCUUUAAUACUUAUGAGGCUAAGGAUAAUGGCUGAGUGCAUCUAAUCCCCUGCAUGUGGGUAAGAGUCCAAGUUUAUCAAGGACACGCCAAAUAUUUAUAAAAUCUGUAACCCAGUCCCUUCUAUGUUUGCACUACUUACCCCUUUUUAAUGUUACAUUUUGGCUGCCGGUAGUUUUUUUUACUUUGGUGAUUGAUUAAAUAUAAAUAUGUACCAAAAUGUCUGCCUUUCUUCUCUGCAGUUCCACUGAGCAUGGAGAUACUGAUGCUUGUGUUCCUAUUAAAGCCAGUGUAGCAUACAGUGUGCCAGUAUUUAGCCAGAAAGGGAAUAAGCUCUCUUCAUUGUUAUAUUUGUACUACCGGUAGUCUGUUUUUUUGCUUUUUAAUUUAAGCGUGAGUGAUUAAAUGUACGCAUUUGUACAAAAA